GAUUACAAAUAGUGGCACACAUUUCACGAAUUGUUUGUUUCGAUGACAACAUUAAACAAGAUUUAUAUAUCGUUUCAUUGAAAGUAAUUGCAAAAAUCGUUUGGUUUUUAUAAUUUGUGGACAAGUUUUAAAGACAAGACUCCGGAAGAAUGGCUGCAUUUAUAGCAAAACAAAUGGUUGGUAACCAACUCUCGGCCGUUAAAGAUAUGGGCGGCGGAGGGGAGAGUCUGUCACCUGAAGAAAAGGAAAGAUUAGCUCAAUUAGAACAGGAAAGACUCGAAGCGCUCAGAGAACAAGAAGACCGGAGACGAGAGAAACACAAGAAACUUGAAGAUGAGAGAGAAAAGAUGCGGAAAGGGAUUAGGGAUAAGUACAAUAUCAAGAAAAAAGAGCAAAUAAGUCGCGAAGAGUCGCUGAAUCAAGAAAUCAAGAAACAGGACUCCGUUUGUUCAGAAGGAGGUCUCAAUCGGCGGAAGAAAACACCCGAAGAGAUGACCGCCGAAGCAGAGGAGGCGGAUCUCGACGAGUUCACGAAAUUCAAGAAUUCAAUUGAACACCGAUUAUCAGACCUGAAGAACUCAUUAGAGUCCCGGUGUGUCAUUCAAUGAAUGCCAUUCCCAUGUAUAACAACAUGACAGUCACUACCUGUGCUACGAACAAACACCAUGUUCACUUUAUCACUUGGUCAACCAUGUUGUGCUAUAAUCAAUAUACAUCCUGGUAAUUCAUGUGACAAUAUAGCUAUAUAUGUACAGUAAAUAUAAAGUAAAUAUUACGUGAAU